AUGGUCGACGGUCAACUCGAGCUGUUGGUCCACAUCUUGAAGAAGCUGAAGAAGAACUAUCUCGUCGUGAUUGCCGGUCGAGGCGAGUCUGGAUCCGAGUUUGCGUCAUCUUUGGUCAGGGAGGGCUUUUCGAGAGUAGCGCUCUUGGUGGGAGGCAUUGACGCCCUACGGAACGCAGAGUCAUCACCAUCAUCGGCUGCUUCCUCAGCCGUUGCUUCUGGUGGUGCUGCACCUUUGUCGCCCUCAUUGGCAGCCACUACUACUACUAGCGCCUCAAGCGCAACGAUUCCUGCGAUCUGUUCUUGUAGAGCGAUCAGGCAGGUGAUUUCGGUGCACAGCAAGGUCAAGGAAGAGGUUGUUGUUCAUAAGUGCAAGACGCCCUUUGCUCCACGGUCGACUGUUCGACGACAGGCUAUCGUCCGAUCUACCGCUGCUUCGCAGAAUUAG